AUGAAGCGGAUCGCAGUGUUUGUUGUGGUACUAAGUGCAUUGUUGGGAUGCAACCAUGCAGUACAGGUGAUAACGGAACCAUCCGGGCAAGUGACCGUGGCGGAAGGACAGCAAAAUGUGAACCUGUUGUGUCUUGUAGAAGAACCCAUGGAUUUUUGCAUAGUGAAAGUUCCCGGAGCACCAGCACCUUUUGCCGCCAGUGACAAACUGCCCGCCCCGGUCGAGGGCAUUACCUUCUACGGACUCCCCUGGAGCAAGGGAUCCUGCGGUAUCACGAUCGAUACCAUCAAACCUACGCACGAUGGACCGUUUGAGUGUACCGUGUCCGUAAAGGGCCAGACGUACAAGGGCCAGAUCGACAUAACGGUCUCAGGUGAAGCAGUUGCACCCGAGCCACCGAAGAUCGAGCUAGCGAGCAACGUUGACAGUCGCAACGGUGAGUUCGAGUUCGGCAAGAAGGUCACCAUGAAGUGCGUGUCCCGUAACGGAUGGCCGGGCGCUAAGCUGUCGUGGUAUCUCGACGGUGUGAAGCUGACGGACGAUGUAGGUGCGGAGUUCUCGGAAACGGCCAAUCGACGCACCACUGUACAGCAGAUCUAUCGACGUGCGAUCGCUGUCGAAGAUAACCGGAAGCAGGUUACGUGCCGUGCGGAACAUCCCGCCUAUCCAGGUGGAUUCAUGGAAACUAGCUUGCCGAUCAAGCUGAAGAAAGUGUACACCAAUGACAAGCAAGAACCACAAAAGGAGGACCUCACGGAGCUGAUCAAGCCCAGAGCACCUCAGCUGACAGUUUCCAGCGAAGUUGCACAACGUGAUGGAGCAUUCAAGGCGGGAAGCAACCUAGUGGUACAGUGCGUCUCGAAGGAUGGCAAUCCUCCGGCAGGAUUCUUGUGGUUCCUCAAUGAUCAACUGAUUUACGAAGGUCUUUCGGCGCCGUUUAUCAGCCGGAAUUUCCGAGGCAACACGGUCCAGCAGACGCUCACCUACCGUCUCAAGCCGGCCGAUGAUGGCAAGGUGCUCAUCUGCAAAGCGCGCCAUCCGGAGGGAAGCGAAGAGACGCGACUGAAAAUCAGUACCUACAACUAG